AUGUCGUACUCUAGCGAAGCCUAUGACUGCUGUUUCAAUGGCAAUUUGUUAGAAACAUGUCAGUAUUGCGGUGGUUCUCCACGAGAACCACCCUGUCCUACCUGCAGAGGCACCGGAAUAUCUCACAGACCUUGCCCCUAUCACUCCAGUUCUGCAAGCUACUAUUCCAAUAAUCUGCAGACUAAAUCGGGAAUGGCAGAACUGUCAGAUAACUGGGCUCCUGAUGUACUACGAGUCAGAAACAGGGGACGAAUUUUAUCCUUAUUGGGUUUUGGCGUUGAUUUUUUUCUGAUGACUUUGGUAUCAAAUGAAUUAGCAAUUCACCCUUUGGCUAGACCCCAACGCGGAGAAUGGAGUACCCUGUCCUAA